AUGUCAUCUCAAGCGCCACCUCGCGUGUCUCGGAAUGUGUCUCUGCCAGCUGGUCGCCAGCCUCCGGCAGUGGGGGCGCUAGCUAGGAGGACCAUGUCCGAGAGUGACUUGGAGCCAGGCGCGCCGACAGCUCCUUCAGGCAGUUCGAGUAGUUCAAGUCUAUCUUCUAGGAGUAAUGAGAGCAACACCGUGGCCGCUGAACAACAAGCCUCCCAGUCUGACUGGUCGGAGGAGGAGGACCCGCUGGCCGCCCAGUGGUCGGACAGUCUGCCGCCCGCACUCAGGGACUCGCUGGUGCUCUCCGCGAGGAUAAGGAAGAGGCAGGAAGUCAUACAUGAACUGAUAGUAUCUGAAGGGUCUCACGUGCGGUGGUUGAAGGUCCUUGGGGUGGACUUCCUCAAGCCGUUAGAGCGUCAACCGUCCCUCCUGCCCGCGGAGGAGUUGCGGGCUCUGUUCCCCAACCUGCCCGGCGUCAGGGAGAGACACAACAAGUUGUACGCGGACCUGAGGGCCGUGAGGAAUGAAGCUACCAACCACGUGGUGCAGAUAGGACCUGUAGCUGACGCUAUGAUGAAUACUCUGGGUGAGGCGGGCUAUGCUCCGUGUUUGUCAAAGUUCUGUCGAGGUCAGCGGAUGGCCCUUGAUUCCUUGAGGGAGAGGAGGAGGAAGAACAAGGAGUUACAGGCCUUCCUCGCGGGGAGGGAACAGCUGCCACGGUGUGGACGACUACAGCUGAGGGAUCUACUGGCCUGUGUGUGGCAGAGACUGACGAAAUACCAGCUGUUGUUGGAGAGUAUACUCAGAACAGCUGUUGAGUGUGAUGAUGAGGACGGAGACAGUCCGGAGGAGGUGGCCAGGUUGAGGAGCGCGCUCACUGUGGCCAAGGACGUGCUGCACAGUGUGGACACGGCCAUACGGACCGCUGAGAACGAACACAGACUGCGCGUGAUCCAGUCCAAGCUGGAGGUGCGCGUGGGCGUGGCGGGCGCGGAGUGCGAGGAGCUGCGUCGCCUGGAGCUGCCUCAGCACCGCCUGCUGCACGAGGGCGAGCUGUUCCUGCGCACGGACUCCAAGCGCUCGGCCGUGCUGGCGCUGCUGCUGGCCGACUGCCUCGUGCUGCUGCAGCGGGAGGGCGACAAGUUCGUGCUCAAGCCGGUGGCGCAGCCCAGCCACGCGGCCAUGCUGUCGCCGCUCAUUAAAUGGGAGAGAGUCCUGUUUCGCCCGAACGCCGCCGUCAAGAACACGUUCUUCCUCAUGAAUAUCAACGGUAUUCAGAUGCACGAGCUGUCUGCUAACACGGCCGCCGAGUACGCCACCUGGGUGAAGUUGAUCCAAGAGGCGCCCCUCGCGCGCCUGGCAGAGACCAAGCCCAUCGCCUCUCACGGACACUCACGAUCUACAGACGACUCCGGUAUAAAUGUAUCGCGGAACCCUUCGGACGCUUCGGAGAAGUCGACGUCCAGCGCCCCGCCCAUGUGUGAGAGCGAGAGGGAUGUAUCUAUAGAGAGAGACGACAAACACGAGGAGAAGAACACGGACACGGAGGAGGGGUCGGAGAAGAGGGGGGAGGAGGGACACGCCCACCGGGAGGAGAGGAACAGUGUACCGUCGGUGGGUAGUAACUCCAUCCACUCGUUCUCUCCGUCCACGCUGGAGUCCUCCGCCGCGCUGGUAGUGACGCCGCCUGCGCACGCGCACCACGCGACUAGGGUCUACUCACACCACGAGAGGCUCCGUCGCCUGGACGAGGUGAUCAGCCGCACGUUGAAGGCCAAGAGCGCCGUGGUCGCCGCGCUGUUGGGGAUACCCGACCACAACUACACGCACCUGGCCGAGCUGGCCGUGGCUGAGACCAUGGGGCAAGUGGAUAUAUGCGGGGAGCUGCCGGCGCCGAGAGACGCCGAGCCCAGCGCCGACCUGCACACGUUACUACUGGCCGCCCAGACACAAGCUAACCAACUGUCGGAGUGUCUCAGCUCCGCGCUGUCAUCUUCAGAGGCGGGGCUGGUGUUGGCUCGCUCCGGGCGGUGUGACUCGUGUGUGAGGAGUAACAGAGAAGUGUCCCCGGAGCCGCAGCGUGAGGCUCGUGUGUCGUGUCGUGAGGAGCGAGACACGACACACGACACAACCGACCACCGACUAGAACAUCUAAUAGACGGCUCGAGGUCCGCGGCGGCGCUGGCCAGCCGGCUGGUGGGCGGCGUGUGCGGGCUGCAGAGCACGCUGGCAGCCCUGCUGGCAGCCCUGCCGGCCGUCGAGAGGGACCGGGACCAGCUGCGGGCCGAGCUGGCCGUGCUGCGGGACAGGAGCGACCGGGAGCGGAGAGACUACCUCCACCCGGCGGACGACAUAUUCAGCAAGGGGACCCUGGAGCAGUCCUUCCAGGAGCACCCCAGUAACGGCGGUUGA